AUGAGCUCAUCGCCCGCGUCUCCUGUGCGGCUGUCGCCUUGGACCAAGUCGGUGGUCGCUGGCUCUGUCUCGGGCAUGGUGAGUGUGGUAGCAUGCCAUCCCUUCGACACCAUCCGCACGCGGCUCCAGCUGUCGCCCACCCGCUUCCGCGGCUUCUUCCACUGCGCCCAGCAGACUGUGCAUCAGGAGACCAUGCGCGGCUUGUACAAGGGAUUCUUGCCCCCGUUCUUCAGUCAGGGGGUGUACAAGGCUGUCAUCUUCACCACAUCGUCCACGCUGCGCAACGACGUGCUGCCCCACAUGCCACUACUGCAGCCGAUUCUCACCCCGACGGCUGUGUCAUUGACUGCUGGGGCAGUCGCUGGUGGUGUCAACGCGUUCCUCGUGGCGCCCGUGGAGCUCGUACGCAAUCGGCUACAGGUUCAAUACGACAACCAACCCGACACGCGAAAAUACCGAGGAGCUUACCAUUGCGUCACACAAGUGGUGCGCAGUGAGGGCAUCACAGCCAUGUGGAAAGGAUUGACCACCACUGUCAUCCGAGACUCACUGGGUGUAGCCUUCUACUUCCUUGGUUACGAUUUUGCUAAGAAGCGCCUUAGUGAGAGUGGAAAGCUGGGAGAGACAGCUACACUGCUGACGGCUGGAGCUGUUGGCGGGAUCAGCUUCUGGGCGGUUGCGUUACCGUUCGACACGAUCAAGUCGCUGAUCCAAGCAGACGGGAGAACAGGUAAAUACACAGGACUGGUGUCGAGUACGGCAAGACUGGUACGCGAAGAAGGCGUGAUGCAGCUCUUCCGCGGAUGGCAAGCCGCCUUCUCGCGUGGGAUUCCCAGUGCUGCCAUCACUUUUUGGACUUUUGAACGAGCGAACAAAUUUCUGGAUGAAUGUUAA